UUCAGUUAGCUUGAAAAGGUUAUGGCGUACGGUCCGCCGUUGUCUGAACGAUUAAUCGGUGGUGGUCCGUUGUAAAAUGUUAACGAUAAAGUGCUGUUAACGGUGUCAAAACAAAAAGGAUGCGCGAAAAGGGCGAGAAAAUGAAGCCGAAACCGUCGAAACGGGUGGCCGGCAUGAUCAUCCGUUCGAGGAACACCAUAGUGAAGGAUGGAGUGGUCACCACGUCGGGAAUAGGAAGACCGAGCCUGUAUCACGCGCUGGUCGUGAUCUUCCUCGAGUUCUUCGCCUGGGGCCUGCUGACGAUGCCGGUGAUCUCGGUGCUGAACAACACCUUCCCCGAUCACACGUUCCUGAUGAACGGUCUGAUAAUGGGCAUCAAGGGUAUCCUGUCGUUCCUCAGUGCGCCGCUCGUCGGCGCCCUGUCCGACGUGUGCGGCCGCAAGCUGUUCCUGCUGGUCACCGUGUUCUUCACCUGUCUGCCGAUACCGCUGAUGACCAUCAACACCUUCUGGUUCUUCGCCAUGAUCAGCAUUUCGGGCGUGUUCGCCGUCACGUUCAGCGUGGUGUUCGCCUACGUGGCCGACGUCACCGACGAGAAGGAGCGGUCGCUGGCUUACGGUCUGGUCAGCGGCACGUUUGCUGCCAGUAUGGUCAUCUCGCCCAGUUUGGGGGCUUAUUUGAUGGAGAGAUGGUCGGUGAACCUGGUGGUGGCGCUGGCGACCGCGGUCGCCAUCCUCGACGUGUUCUUCAUCCUGGUGGCGGUGCCAGAAAGUCUCUCCGAAAAGGUGCGCGUCUCCCCGAUUAGCUGGGAACAGGCCGAUCCCUUCGCCUCGUUGCGCAACGUGGGCCAGGACCCAACAAUAUUGCUGCUCUGCAUAGCAGUCUUCCUCAGCUAUCUACCCGAGGCGGGCCAGUACAGUUGCAUCUUCGUCUAUCUGAAGCUGGUGAUGGGUUGGAGUGCGCCGAUGGUCGCUGUGUUCGUCGGACUGGUCGGGCUGAUGGCGGUGAUCGCGCAACUUAGUCUAGGUAUAUUAAUUAAAAAUUUGGGCGCCAAGCACACCAUCAUGCUGGGUCUGUUGUUCGAGAUGCUGCAGCUGUUGUGGUACGGUUUCGGCACGACCACGUGGAUGAUGUGGGGCGCCGGCAUCCUGGCAUCUAUGAGCUCGAUCACCUAUCCAUCCAUUUCGGCUUUCGUCUCCGUACACACGACCGCCGACCGUCAGGGAGUUGUACAAGGUAUGGUCACUGGAAUGAGAGGACUUUGUAACGGUCUUGGUCCAGCGAUGUUUGGUCUUAUUUUCUACAUGUUCCACGUUGAUUUGAACGACGGCGAGAAUAAACACAACGCAACUGAUUCGACGCAGAUUCUCUUCGAUACAUACUCACAGCUUGUUCCCGGUCCACCAUUCGUAUUCGGAGCAUUCCUGGUGAUCUGCGCCCUGUUCGUCGCCUCGUUCAUCCCCCCAAAGAACCACGUGGACACAAUUCUUUCAGACAUCCCCCUGGACACGCACUACGAGAUGGAGCGGGGACAAAAGGUGGCCGGCACCCUCAGCCCCCUCAUACCCAGCCGAAGCAGCAUAGACACGGCCAUCCUCUAAACCAAUUCCGGCAGUCAAAACCGAUUUGAAAUUAUUCGAUUGACGCAGGUUGCUCCACACAAGCAAUAACCGCAUACUGUGUCCCUCCUACCCCCCCCCCCCAGUUUAAUUCCACAACCCCCCCAACACACACACACACACGCGCGCGUGCGGUACUCACUUCGCUGAAGACGCCACGAUCUCAGAAUAGUUUAUAUAUUUUACAUAAGAUUGUAUAUAGUAAAGAGAGAACUGACACACAAGAUGUGAAGAGAUCCGGCCCGGUUUUCGGUGUCGAGUCCGUAUCCGACGAACGGGAUUUAGUUGAGCCCUCCAAGUCAUAUCAGACGCGGGUCAUGAGCCGGACGGGUGAGGUUUAUUUACGCUUAAGUUACGCGGUGACUUCGUUUUUUUAUUUUCAUAAAUUGUCUCACUACCUUUUCAGUUUUUCAAUGUACAUAGGGCAGAAGUUGUUUAAUGUAGCUGGCAAAAAUUAAUUAAGGAUACUUCGGUUCGGGUUUGUUUUUAUUUAAGACUGAGUUGUGUGUUUUAAGCAUUUAAUAAUUGGGACAUUUGUUGCUGGUGUGUGGGACACACAAUUCUACGUCGGAUUUUGUGUCGUGCACGUUCGAAUUCUUGCCGUACGUGUGUCCAAUGUAUUUUAUUACUAAGGUACGUCGUUCUAACUGAAUUCUACCGACCGCAGUAUUUCCAAAGUAUUCGUUGGGCGUUUUACGUCACAGUUUUUUUAUUAACCGAAAAAUUCAAGUGUGAUUUUAUUUAAGAAAACAAAAAGGUUGUUGUUGAUAACGUUUUCGUUUUGUUGUGGUCAGCGUUGAAAUUGAGAUCGAUGCCAUUUUUUAAAAAAAAUCUAACUAACUGAUCACGACAACUUUAUUUGUAAGGAUAAUAGGUAUAUUUUUAGUUUUUUUUGAUGAUGAUUUUCAUGCCAUUCGCAGAGCUGUACACUUUGCCAUUUUUAAAUGAGGAAAAAAAUGUUAGGAAAUGCAAAACUGCAAAAACCUAUUGUUAUAUAUCGAAUUUGCUUCGUUUUGUAACAUUUUUUUUACCUAAAGUUGUAAAUUGCUGAUAGAUUGUCUAAUAGAAUAUUUAUUAUUGCAUAAUGACUAAAUAAAAGAACAGAAUAUUUUUGUUAUUUUUGUGUGAUUGGUCUUUUUCUCUAAUUCAGUUUUACAUUCAUAUUUGACAAAGACAAAUAUAUUUAAAUGAAAAGUAUUUUAGCUAUUAGAAUAUAAUAAAUUGUAAAAAUUAUAAAAAAUAAAAUAAUUGUUUAUGUA